AUGGAUCCUAUAAUGGUAGCCACGUUCGUGAUCACAUGCUUAUUGUUAUACCGAGUGAUCAACGGUGCAAUCAAGAUAUUGAGAAUUGUAUUGUGGUCCGAUUACCCGUCCAACACCGAGGACAUACUACGUCUGCCUUUCAUAGGCCAUGCAUAUUUUUUUAUUGACGGCACUGAAGCUCUCUUCAACAGGGCAAUUAAAGUAGGAAAUAUAUAUUCUACAACGGUCCGACUCUCGGUUGGACACCAUUCAGUCUUCGUUGUAACUAUUCCUGAACAUUUGAAGGAGGUACUCCUGAGUCCGAAGACCAUUGAGAAAAACUUUUGCUACGACUUCGGACGACUCUGGUUGGGAGACGGAUUACUCACCGCCCCUGCAUCAAUAUGGGAAGCCCACCGAAAACUGCUUCAUCCAUUCUUCAAUUCAUUGACUCUCAAGUCUUCCCUGGAAACAUUUGUCACUCAGUCAGUGACAUUGGCCAAGAAGAUAGAGCCGCACUUGGACGGACCAGAAUUCGAAAUAUCCAGAUACAUUUCUCUGUGUACAUUGGACACAAUCUGCGUGGCAGCUAUGGGCAUAAAUUUGGACGCACAGGAGAGCGAGAAGUGUCAGUACCACGAAGCAGGACAUAAAGUGCUCGCUGGCUUCGCCAAACGUACCCUGAGCCCUUGGCUUUACCCAGAUUUUAUUUUCUACCGCACGCAACUUGGUAAGGACCACAGGAAACACAUCGAGUUUCUGCACGAGUUCGUUGACAACGUAAUCCGACAAAAGAAGGCAGAAAUCGCCCGGCGUAGUGACCAACGAGUAUCAGCCGACGAAGAACAAGAUACAGCUGAUGCUUCCACGGCUGAACCUCAGUCACUGAUGGAAAAUCUCCUCAAACUAUCCAACGAUAGCAAAACGCUGACGGAUGAACAAGUCCGGAGUCAUGUUGAUACGAUGAUGGUAGCUGGCUCUGAUUCAUCGGCGAUUACGUUGAACUACUUGACGUUGAUGCUAGCAUCCCACCAAGAUAUUCAGCAAAAAGUGUACCAGGAAUUAUGUGAAAUCUUCGGAGAACAUGUAUUAGAGGAGGAGAGUGAAGAGUUGCACAUCACGAUGGAAGUCUUGACGAAAAUGACGUACAUGGAGAGAGUGAUCAAAGAAACUAUGCGCCUGUUUCCCGUUGGACCUUUGCUGUUCCGAAAGGCAACGGAAGACCUGGUUUUAGGUGACUGUACUGUGCCAAGAGGGAGUUCGGUUGUUCUUAACGUUAUAGGAGUUCACAGAAAUGAGAAAUACUGGUCGGAACCUCUAAAAUUCGAUCCGGACAGAUUCUUACCAGAAAAAAUUGCGAACCAAGAACCAUUCUCCUACUUGCCGUUUAGUGGUGGUCGAAGAAAUUGUAUCGGAAUAAAGUACGCCAUGAUGUUUAUGAAGAUAUUCACCACGACGGUUCUGCGGAAAUAUUUUCUGAUCAAGGAUAAAGUGGUACCAGUCGAAGAUUUACGGCUGAAAAUUGAUACUUUGUUGCGAUCCGUUGAUCCUGACACUCUAAGGAUCAAGAGACGAGCAAAAAAGUACGUUCCUCUGUGA